UGCGUAUCCUACUAACCGGCUGUAGUUACUGUGCUUCGCACAGCAUAUAGGUAUACGAUAAUAUCGAACGAUCGCUGUUGGAUGCGCAGGUCUGAGACGAUGUCGGCAUAUUAUUUGGUUGCCGGUGCAUAGUCGCAGACAAACAAGAGAGCAUACCUCUCCUUUCACUAUCAUCGUUAUGCCGCACCGCAAGCAGUACUACUCCCUGUUCUCGCCGCCGAGCCUCUCAAUGACGGAGCUAGUAAAGACUACUCUUGACCAUGAUUCCACUGACAUGCUCAUCGACAAAUGGCUCGAACAUCGCGGCUCGAACCAUGACGCUUACCACGACUGGUUUCGCGAGGUCAGAGAACGCAAGCAUGCUCACUCGCAGAACAAGCAGGCUAUCGUCUGGAGCAAAGGAGAAUUUGUUCCCGAGAAUAUCUUCUGCCGCACUGUUGACACGGGGCGACUCAUACCUCUGGACAGGACGUGGACGACCCAUGUCUAUCAUCAUAGGUCAAUGCAGGAGCGAAAAUUGUCCAUGAUGCCCGUUGUGUUCACCAUGCUGCCGGAAUUGAUGAUCCUGCGCGGUAUGCACGACACGGGCUGUGAUGAGAUCUUCAUCAUCGUUACCGAUCUAAAGCGACAGGAAAUGGAUGAUGUGACCGAGUACUUCAAGCUGGUCUGUCGGCAGGCCUUUGGGCGAACGUGUAAACCCAGCAUGGAGCGAAAAAUACAAUACGAACAUAUGCGUAUAACGCACACACUUGUACGGCAGAGAAGAAAUCCUUGUUUCCCCCAGAUUGAUCUCACCCUUCGCGCCAUCCUUUACGAGAAGCGUCCUCGUUUCAUUGUCCUCUUCUCACAUCAAACUACCUCCUAUUCCCAAAUCCUCUUCACCCAUGCCUCCUUUGUUCCGGACGAGGAAAUCUUCUACGAUUAUCCCACCGGCUGUCCCAAUCCCUGCUGCACUGAAGACUGUGAGAUGAUCCGUUUUCCCAGGCGUGGCCUAGAAACCGCUUCCGUACUCGAGAUCAAACGGGGAGGAAAGUUUGGGCGCAGAAUCCGCGCACGCCAGAUGUGUAAUUGGAUUGAGUGCGACGUAUGCUUUGACGAGGAGCCUGCAUCGAUAUCCACUGGUAGCAGUGAGGGGUCUGAGAGCAGCGUUGAGGCGAGAGAUCACAAAGUUGUGGGUCAGACGUGUAGCAAGUGCAAGCUCGUCAAGUACUGCUGUCUGGAGCACCAGAAGAAGGAUUGGGAAGAGCAUCGACGAGUUUGUGUGAAGAUGACUUAAGAGCGACGCGCCCGAUGCGAUACUUACUUUUCCUGGACUGAAUUAGUGAUACCCCGCAUUUUGCGGCAUUUCUCGCAUUUCUACUGACAUUUAUUACAUUGCCCCAUCUUGUAUAUGCUUGCAGAAACUUGUACGUUUUUAUGUAUGGUUUAUUCGCGGACUCCAGUAUGAAUGAUGAUACUAUACUUUCUACUUAUUGCCUCCUAGGGUACUCAUCUUCCCGUCAUCUUAGGUACACGCAUCACAUAUACAGGUUGUCCAAACUUCCUCCAUAUAGAGUAUCCAAAUCCUUCCUGCUACGCGC